GCAAGCGUAAGCGCUGUGAUCCGAAAUUGCAACCGCAGUGGGCAUUGCGGUUUUGUAGACAUGCUCGCUGAUCGGAUUACGCGGCAUCUCGGGAACCCCAGCCACGGCCUGUGGGGCUGGCUACUAAAAAAGUUUUUUGAGCGGAAUAACAGAUUUCUGGAGGCGACUGCCGUGAAGUUGUGUAAUAUCCAGCCCGGGAAUGUGGUGCUGGAACUGGGAUUCGGCCCAGGUCUGGGCCUGCAGGAAGCUGCCCGCCGCCUCACACACCCCCCGGGCAAACUGUACGGCUUGGAUAUCUCGGAGUACAUGCAUGAUGUGGCCAGCGAGAGGAUGCGGGCGGAGAUACUGGCGGGCAAAGUGAAACUGUUCGUGGGUAGCGUCGAGCAAAUCCCUCUGGAGGAAGGAGUGGUGGACAGGGUUUAUCACUGCAACUGUUACUACUUCUGGCCUGACCUGCGAGUAGGGAGCAGGGAGAUCCGGAGAGUGAUGAAGCCAGGAAUUCUGCAGAUGCUGGAAAUUCAAGCAACUGUAGCAAUGUGCUACACACAGCGCUAGAAUAACCACACGGAGUCGAUGCUGCCUGAACUCGUGUGUGUGUUGCUCCAGAUUUCCAGUAUCUGCAGAAUCUUUUGUAUCUAGGCCUUGUUACGUACCCCGUAACUGGGUUGCCAAACCAGCAGAAAUGGAUCACUCAGUUGGAGUCUGGAGUACUAGAACUAAGAAAGUUUUAUUAAAGAAACAAGCAACACAGUAAUCGAAAGGAUAAUAAAUGCAACAAUUCAACAAUGAUAACCACACAUGUGCACAGAAUUAAGAUAACAGCAUCAAUCAAGCUCUAUCAUUGUCUAGGGGUAAAUGACCAAUUUCAAAAUGACUCAAAGUUCAGUCCAGUUUAGUAGUUCAGUUCGCAGUAAUCGUUGCCAUGGCGAUGGACAAGGUGGGGGAAGAGAGACAGAAUAGGAACAACUGAUCAUUCAGAACACUGCUUCACUCACAGACCAGCGGGAUGGCUCACAGACCAGCGAGAUGGCUCACAAACAGCUUUUGGGCAGGUCCUUGGUGAUGUCACCUGAGGUCACCGACUGUGACCCCUCCUCCAGAUGCGGUCGAUCCUCUGCAGUGAACCCGGCACCCAGGCAAGGGCGGACACACACCGGGUUCCCGCUGAUCGUACCUUUCCACCCUUGUCGUUGUCCGGUACUUCUCACCCACUCGUGAGAAGCGCACCGCUUCCAGGGUCUCGUUACCUCGGGUGGCGUGUGUGUGUGUCUUAGCGAACCUGUCCCCUUUUUAUCCCCCUGCUGGGGUAUCGCCUGUCCAUCACUUCAAACAGUUCAGGGUUCAAAGGGGGGAGCCGCUCCAGACAGCUCUUCCUCCCACAUCCCUUCAUUACACAUCCCCAGACGCUGCUCCAUUGUUCCUUAUCUCUCCUUCCCCUGAGGGCAGGUGGCAGACCAACUGCUGAUGCCACUGAUGCUAGCCCAGGCCAGCAAACAUCUUAAUUUUAUGUGUAUUCUCGUAACAGCCUCUAUGUCAGAUUUCCCCCUCAAGCAUUCUUCCCUUAUAGGCUGCUCUUGACAGUGAACUCACUUCAAAGACGUCCAGCAAGCCUGACUGUUUCCUCCUUUUGCACUGGACAGGGGGGCUGAUGGUCACAACCUUGCGUCUGGAGUUGUUGCAGAAGAUGGUUGCCACUGGACUGCUGAAGGGGACAAAGUGGCAACCUGAGCCAUACAUGGAGGCUCUCCUUGAGUCCGGAUUUGUUGAUGUG